AUGGGGGAUUCAAGUGAUUCAGUGUCGGUGGAUAUGGAGGGGGUUUCUCUUGGCGGAAAGGAGCAUCUUGUAAAAACCUGUCUUGGCUAUGUGUCUGUCGCUGUGUUGGGAGAUCAGGACAAGCCAGCUCUUGUCACUUAUCCUGAUUUAGCCCUAAACCAUAUGUCCUGCUUUCAAGGACUAUUAUUUUGUCCAGAAGCAUGUUCCUUGCUGCUCCACAACUUUUGCAUAUAUCAUAUCAGUCCUCCUGGCCAUGAGUUGGGAGCUUCUGCAAUCAGCCUUGAUGAUUCUGUGUAUUCUGUUGAUGAUUUAGUAGAUCAGAUUGCCGAGGUUCUUGAUUUUUUUGGACUUGGUGCAGUGAUGUGUAUGGGGGUUACAGCUGGAGCUUACAUUCUCACCCAGUUUGCUAUGAAAUAUAGAUCACGUGUCAUGGGCUUGAUACUUGUGUCUCCUAUAUGCAAAGCAGCCUCUUGGACCGAAUGGUUGUAUAAUAAGGUGAUGUCGAAUUUACUGUACUUCUAUGGCAUGUGUGGGGUGGUAAAGGAGAUACUGCUUAAGCGGUACUUCAGCAAGGAAGUUCGUGGUGGUGUUCACAUACCAGAGUCAGAUAUAGUUCAGGCAUGCAGAAGGUCGCUUGAUGAAAGGCAGAGUUCAAAUGUUUGGCGAUUUCUUGAAGCAAUGAAUGGGAGACCUGACAUUUCCGAAGGAUUGCGAAAGCUACAAUGCCGUUCACUAAUAUUUGUUGGGGAUAGCUCUCCGUUUCACUCAGAAGCUCUGUACAUGACUUCAAAACUAGACAGACGAUAUAGUGCCUUGGUUGAGGUUCAGGCAUGCGGGUCAAUGGUGACAGAGGAGCAGCCCCAUGCAAUGUUGAUACCAAUAGAGUACUUCCUCAUGGGAUAUGGCUUAUACAGGCCUUCUCAGUCUAGUGUCAGCCCGAGGAGCCCCUUGAGUCCGUCCUGCAUUGCACCGGAGCUUCUUUCACCGGAAAGCAUGGGCUUGAAGUUGAAACCAAUAAAAACUCGGGUUCGGGAUCCUCAUGAGAGAAGUUGA